GGGAAUGUUCCGUCGGACCCCCGCGUCGAGCAGGACGAGUGAAGCGGAUGUGAUCUGUCGGAGAAGUUCGCCGCUGCGUCUCAACGCGUCGCUUUGAGUUGUGAGGAGCUGGAGAGGAAAAAGAGAAUCGCAUCAAAUCAAAUGCCAUCUGAGGCUCAGUCUCAGGAGCCUCGGGACAGAGGACCGCCGCCUCCCGUCACUCGGGCCGGACGCAGCGCUCAGCUGGCCAGAGCCGCCGCUACGAGCUCUGCCAUCGAGAGGCGAACUCGUGGACGACCUCGGAAAGAUGGGAGCAACGGCCGCUCUGCGCCACCCGCCCCCCCUUCUCCCCCUCCCCCUUCAAAGUCAAGGAAGAAGGGGCGGAGUCGAGGCAGAGCACAGGUAGAGGAUGAAGAGAUCACAGACGCCACGCAGAAGAAAUCCCCCAACAAGACAGACGUGAAGGAGAAGAACACAGGACGCCGUCGAUCCACCUCUAGGAGGAAAUCUAACACAGACCCAGACCCAGACCCUGAACCCGAACCCGAACCUGAACCCAGCAAGGAAAGCUUCAGUCCAGAGUCUAAGUUGGACCCUGACCCAUCUCCCCCUGACCCCACAGUCCCAGAGUCCAGCCCACAACCAGCUCACAGUGCUGAAGAGGAGACCACAACCAGCACUGCUCCUCCUGCUGUGCUCCCUGCCUCUAGUCCCGGACCGGCCUCCAGUCCUGGGGAAGAACCUCGCCCCGGCCCCUUGGCCACCUCCAUGUCCCCGGACCGUAGCCCAGUUUACAUCCCAGCCCCCCUGGAGGAGGACUGCAGUCCCGGCAGGGUUCCCAUGGAGACUGAAGGGGGCGGGGCCAGUCCCACGGAGCAGAGUCCAGCUCUGAGUCCCUGCUCAAGUCUUCCUGUGUCCCCCUGCCCUCAGCUGGAGGACGACAAUUCGCUGUCCCCUCUGUACCUGCGCUCUCCGUCAGAGGAGUCCGGGGCCUCGCCCACCCCCAUCCUGGGACACGCCAACAAACGUCUGAAGCAGUGUGCCUUCUGUAACCGUGGCAACGAGCCACCUUUGGGUCAGGGCAGGCUGUUGGUGUUCGGCCCGACGCCCGGCUACAUCCCCCUCCACAUCCUCAACCGCCGAGCCUCCACCGACCGCGACAGCGACUGCCACGACCACUGCUACCGCGGCAACCAGGCCCCGCCCUCGUGCAGCAGUCCAGAGCAGUGUGGAGAGUCGUCAGAGUUUGUGGAGCAGCUCGGACCCGUCGGCCUCCCACAUGACAUCAACGUCCAAUCACUGUUUGACCCCACAGGUCAGUGCUGUGCUCACCUGCAGUGUGCAGCCUGGUCGGAGGGGGUGUGUCGAGGCGAGGGCCAAUCACUGCUCUAUGUGGACAAAGCCAUCGACUCGGGAAGCACACAGGUGUGUGCGUUCUGCGGUCGACUCGGGGCGUCGUUACGUUGCCGGGAGACGAGCUGUGGGCGGAGCUACCACUUCCCCUGUGCUGCUGCUGCCGGAGCCCAUCAGGACUGGAACCAGAGACACACACUGUGUACAAGGCACACACACACAGACGUUCCACAGUGUGCGCUGUGUUCGGAUGGCGGUGAUGACAGUGGUCUGUUGAUGUGUUGCUGCUGUGGUAACUGUUACCACGGCAGCUGCCUGGACCCCCCUCUGGCCCCCUCCCCCCUGUGCCGGGCCGGUUGGCAGUGUCCUCAGUGUCGAGCGUGUCAGUGCUGCAGGCUGCAGGGGGAGGAUGGUGUGAUGAUGCUGGUGUGUGAGCGCUGUGAUAAAGCUUAUCACACACACUGUCUCACUCCACCACUGGAUCACACACCGAGCACUGGCUGGAGCUGCAAGAAUUGCAGAAUGUGCCGUCGCUGUGGCGUGAGGUCGUCAGGCCUGUGGGCCAAUCAUCCGUUCCUGUGCGAGUCAUGUGACCCAGCCCUGCCCUGCCCUCUCUGUGGCCACGCCCCCGACCUCUACACACCACAGGAGUAUCUCACCUGUACCUGCUGCUUUAGGUGUGUCCAUACAGAGUGCGCUGUCCAAACUGGAGAGGGCAGGGCGGGGUCUGAAAGUUACAUCUGCUCCACCUGCAGGCAUCAGGAGGAGGAUCUAAUCCCACGCAGUCCCACACCAGACCUGCCCGUCAGUGUCACACAGACACCACCUAUCUGCAGUCAUACUGAGGAUCCACCCAUCAAUCUUACCGCUCAUAGCCCAGUCCGGCUCAUCUGCUUAGAGCCACCACAGAGUCCUACAAAUACCAUGGGUACACCAUUGCAGCAGGGUCUUACACUAUCUCACCCCAAUUCAUCAGAGCUCCAAAAGACUCCUUCACCUACUCAUCCUGAUCCAUUAGAGCGCCAACAAAGUCCUGCAGACCCUCAGCAAAGUCCAUCUCACCCAAAGGCAUUAGGGCUCCCAAGUCCUACAUCUACUCACCUUGAUACAUCAGAACUCCAAAAAGGUCCUGCGCCUACUCACCCUGAUCCUUCAGAACUCCAACAAAGUCCUGCGCCUACUCACCCUGAUCCUUCAGAACUCCAACAAAGUCCUGCACCUACUAACCCUGAUCCUUCAGAACUCCAACAGAGUCCUGCACCUACUCACCCUGAUCCUUCAGAACUCCCACAGAGUCCUGCACCUACUCACCCUGAUCCUUCAGAACUCCCACAGAGUCCUGCACCUACUCACCCUGAUCCUUCAGAACACCCACAGAUUCCUGCACCUACUCACCCUGAUCCUUCAGAACUCCCACGGAGUCCUGCACCUACUCACCCUGAUCCUUCAGAACACCCACAGAGUCCUGCACCUACUCACCCUGAUCCUUCAGAACUCCCACAGAGUCCUGCACCUAUUCACCCUGAUCCUUCAGAGCUCCAACAAAGUCCUGCACCUACUCACCCUGAUCCUUCAGAGCUCCAACAAAGUCCUGCACCUACUCACCCUGAUCCUUCAGAACUCCCACAAAGUCCUGUACCUAUUAACCCUGAUCUUUCAGAGCUCCAACAGAGUCCUGCACCUAUUAACCCCGAUCCUUCAGAGCUCCAACAGAGUCCUGCACCUAUUAACCCCGAUCCUUCAGAGCUCCAACGGAGUCCUGUACCUACUCAACCUGGUCCUUCAGAGCUCCAACAAAAUCCUGAACCUAUUAACCCUGAUCCUUCAGAGCUCCAACAGAGUCCUGCACCUACUCAGCAGGAUCUCUCAGAGCUCCAACAAAGUCCUACACAUACUCACCCUGAUCAUACAGAGCUCCUACAAAGUCCUGCACCCACACACCCUGCUCCUUCAGAGCUCCAACAAAGUCCUGCACCUGCUCACCCUGAUCUUUCAGAGCUCCUACAAAGUUCUGCACCUACUCACCCUGCUCCUCCAGAGCUCCAACAAAGUCCUGCACCUGCUCACCCUGAUCCUUCAGAGCUCCAACAGAGUCCUGCAACUACCCACCCUGAUCCUUCAGAGCUCCAACUAAGUCCUGCACCUACUCACCCUGAUCCUUCAGAGCUCCAACAGAGUCCUGCACCCACUAACUCUGAUCCUUCAGAGCUCCAACAGAGUCCUGCACACACUCACUCUGAUCCUUCAGAGCUCCAACAGAGUCCUGCACCCACCCACUCUGAUCCUUCAGAGCUCCAACAGAGUCCUGCAUCCACUCACUCUGAUCCUUCAGAGCUCCAACAGAGUCCUGCACCUUUUAACCCCGAUCCUUCAGAGCUCCAACAGAGUCCUGCACACACUCACUCUGAUCCUUCAGAGCUCCAACAGAGUCCUGCACCCACUCACUCUGAUCCUUCAGAGCUCCAACAGAGUCCUGCACCCACUCACUCUGAUCCUUCAGAGCUCCAACAGAGUCCUUCACCCACUCAAUCUGAUCCUUCAGAGCUUCUUCAAAGUCCUUCACCCACUCACCCUGAUCCUUCAGAGCUCCAACAAAGUCCUGCACCCACUCACCCUGAUCCUUCAGAGCUCCAACAGGGUCCUGCAUCCGCUCACCCUGAUCCUUCAAGGCUCCAACAAAGUCCUGCACCCACUCACCCUGAUCCUUCAGAGCUCCAACAGGGUCCUGCAUCUGCUCACCCUGAUCCUUCAGAGCUCCAACAGGGUCCUGCAUCCGCUCACCCUGAUCCUUCAGAGCUCCAACAGGGUCCUGCAUCCGCUCACCCUGAUCCUUCAGAGCUCCAACAGAGUCCUGCACCUAUUAACCCUGAUCCUUCAGAGCUCCAACAGAGUCCUGCAUCCGCUCACCCUGAUCCUUCAGAGCUCCAACAAAGUCCUGAACCUACUCACCCUGAUCCUUCAGAGCUCCAACAAAGUCUUUCACCUACACACCCUGAUACAUCUGAGCUCCAACCAUGUCCUGUACCUACUCACCCCGAUCCAUCAGAGCUCCAAGCAAUUCUGAAAACAUCUUAUUCUAAUCAAACGGAGCUCCAAAAAAAUGAAAUUCCCGGUCACCCUGGUACAGCAGAGUUUGAAACAAGUCCUUUGCCUUCUUCCUAUGAUACUACAGAACUUCCACCAUUGCAACCUAGUCCUGUAGAAGUCCAGGAAAGACAACCCCCUUCUCACUGUAAUACAUUAUUGCUCCAAGAAAGCCCUACAGAGGCUCACUCUGGUCCAGAACUUCAAAAAAGAACUAUGCCUUCCCCUCCUGAUUCUGUUCAACUGCAACUCAGCACUACCCAUGUGACUUCCACGCAGGCUCAGCAAAGUUGUAACCAGCUAAUCUGCACCUCUACUAGCCCUAUCCAGAAUCCCACAGUGGAGCAGCUUAAAGCCGCAGAGUCUCAGCAGAGUCCAACACAAGGUAGGCCCCUUCCUUGUGGCCUUGCAUAUAGUGAGACCCAGGAAAUGCUUAGUCCUCGCUUGGUUCAGCCAGGGAUUUUGGAGCCGCAGAUCAGCCGAAAUCCUGCGCAGGACAUCACCACAGAGACACAGCAGGAUAGAUCAUGUAGUCCUGCUAAUAUCAUCAUCAAACAGCCUCAGCACAGUCCCCGACAAAGUUGUCAUAGUUCUACGCCACAUAGUGCUAGACAAGUUGGCACCUCACCUCCGCAGAGUUCCAUACAGAAUGCUGAAUCUACACUGGACCAGGAGAUCCCUGGAUCAAGCACCCCUGCUCAACUGCAGUGUGGGGCUGCACAGGAAAUUUCUACACUGGAACAGGACUCCUCGUCAGACUACUGUAGGUUUACCCAGACAGCAAGACGAUACGCCUCAUUGAGGUCCGUUUCCGCUCCAUGUAGUCCAUCACCCUCCCCACUGAGACCAACACAGUGUAGUCUGUCACAGCCUGCUAGCCCAGUACAAGCCUACUCCAUACAGCCUGUGAGUCCUUUGCAGCUUAGCCUGCUUCCUUCUUGGCUUCCUGCAAAGUUAAGAGUCACUGAGGAAUCCACCGAAACCAGUACUACAAAGCUGAAGUCUUUGGAGCAUAGCCCUAUACCGCUGAGUUCAAACAUUGAUGGCCAAACACUGGAAAGUAGCCUCACCUGUGAACUGUCCACUGUGUCUCCUGAUAGCCACGGCACAGAUGCUCAUCUUCCAAACCAGUUUGGUCCUAUUCAGUGUAGCCUGCUUAGCCCUGACCCGUGUAGCCCUUGCCAUGUCCCUGCUAGCUCCUUACCAGAAAGCCUUGUUCACAUUAGCACUUCAACGGAACACAGUAGCCUAACUUUCUCACCUUGUGCUGAUGAAACUGAGGAAAAUCCUCACCCAGCUAGCCACAGUUAUCAGUGGCCUUCUCAUGACAGACCCUCAGGCUGCAUGGAAGGCAAAGCUAGCCCCAUACAUAUCCAAGCUAGCUCAGCUAGUUCUAGCCCUACACGUACCAGUGAAAUGCCUACUAGCCCUGCCAGCACUCUUCAGGCUUGUGCUAGCUCCAUGCCAAUUGAGACUAGCCCUGCACACAUCAGCCAUUCAACGUCUGAGACUAACAUCUCAGCAAUCCACACUCCCUCGUGUCAGGAUGAAGAGAUGCAGGUAGCUCUCAACCACUCAACUCUUAUUAUUCAGUCAGAAGCUGGUCCCUGCUAUCCUAACUCCACUCCCAGCAGUCCAGUUCAUACUACUGCUAGAAAUGCUGACGCAACUCUCACAGAAGCCAGCGGUGGCUGCAAUCCAACGGGCACCAUAGAUGCUCCAGAGAUAACUAUUCCCAACAUUUUUAGUUUUGCGGAGCUCACGAGCCAAAGUCACACACAUCCUUGUCAGGCAAGUCCCUCACAUGUCCAAACUACCUGUAGUCCUUCAGAGACUACUCCAGCUAGCUUUAGUCCUCCACACUGUAUGCUGACUGCUUGUAGCCCAGCUAGUAACUCUGUUAUCCACAGUCCCAGCAACAUUAUCUUAGACUGCAGUGGCCAGACAGGUCCCCACUCAGCUAGCCUACCUGAUGUAUGUAUAAUCCACAGUCCACCAAGGUCUAGUCCUGCUGGUCAAGCUAGUCCUGUUCACAUACAGAGCACCUCUAGCGGUGUCCACUCAGGCCCUCUCAAAAUACAGAGUCCCUCAUUAUCUAACUUGACGUACAGUAGCCCUGCACAUGCUUCUGUUGUUUGUUUUAGUCCACCUCACAGUCCAGCUCAGGCCAGUGAAACCUUUUAUAGUCCAGCAGAUAACCCACAUUAUAGCCUAUCUCUCGACACUGGAACUCCUUCUGGCCCUUCUGUGGCACAGCUGAGCCCCUCUUCGGUAAGUUCAAAUCCUGAUGACGACCCCACGGCCAGUUCUAUAAUACAUAGCUAUGUUCUUCCCACUGCAGUUCACCUUGAUCCAGGACUUGUGUCUACAGACAAAAUCAUGCAGAUGAUCUCAGAACCUGCCAGUUCCAAACCUGAUGACUCACCUGCGGCUAGCCUCAACCAGGCUAGUCUGAGCCAGGUUAGCCCGUCUCCAGUUAGUCCUCACCCAGACCCUGACAGUUUAGCUCUUGAAAACCAAGAAGAAAGAACAACGCCCUUUGUUGAUGCUACUUCAAUUCAGGCUAGUGUGAGCCAUGCUAGUCCCGUUCAUUCUGCCCCCUCUCAGGAUAACGCUGCGAUGCCUAGCACUAGUCACACUAGUGAAACGCCUGCUAGUCCCCCACCCCCUGCCCCGUCACCCCCAGCCCCUAACCCUGCUCACACAUUCUCCUGUCACACUCUGCAAGCUCAAGCCAGCUCUGUGCACAGUAGCCCAGCUGCAAGUCCUGUUUGUGGCCCCAUGGAUUCAGGUUCUACACCGAAUUCCCCUGGUCCUAGUCCUGUCAGCCCUCUGCAGCCAAAAGUUGGUCCCAGUCCUGUUCUCGAUAGAACUACAAGGUGCGAGGCUAGCCCCGGUCCCAAUCAGGUUCUCCCUACUCUUGCUACUACUGUGCAGUCUGAAAACAGCCCUAGUCCUGGUCCUGCUAGUCCUGUUCGGCCUGACGCUGGUCCUGGGAACCUUGAGCGAGACCCAAAAACAGAGAGGAAGUCUGCAGCUGCUGAGGACAUCGAGGUGGCCGCGGAGCAGAAGACUGAAGAGGAGGAGUCUGACGUUGAAGCUCUCCAGCAGCCGGAGGAGGUGGAGCCUCAUCAGACAACAGAGAAGGAGGAGCCUGUUGGGAGGACAGAGGAAGUAGGAGAACAAGACCAGGAGGAGGAUCCUCCUCCAGGAGUCUCAUCACUCCUCCAUGACGACCAUCAGUCUCCUCACACUGCUGCUGCCUCCCCCUCACUCUCCCCCCAACCCCCUACACCACACUCUGCCUUACCCCUACAACAGCCCUCCGACUCACUCACAUCUUCACCUCCUGCCUUGCCCCUCCCCUCUCCACAGUCUCCGCCUCCUUCUCCUCCUCGAGCUGGAUCUCUGGAGGCUGCCUUACCCCCCUGCUGCUCCCCCCACACUCCACAUCCCCCCUCCCCUCCUCCGGAGGACUGCCCCCUGGAAGGGGAGCCCACCAAUAUAGGAGGAGUUGAGACCGGGACAGGAGCAGAGGCGGGGCUUGAGAACACAACAAUUUCCAGCCAAUCACAGAACCAGUUUGAAUCAGUUUCUGUGGCAACACAACCCACCAAAGAUGAACACCAGUCACUCGCUGGGCCUCCACAAAGCGAGGAACAGGAGGAGGAGCAGGAGGCGGAGCAGGAGAAGGAGCCUACUGAAAUGCCAGAACCAGCAUCAAAUCGGGCGCCUGCUCCUGAGGCGGUUGCUGGUCAACAGCCAAUGAGGGAGAGGCAGGAUUCGGAGGAGGAGGAAGAUAUUGAUGGGAUGGAUGAAGAGGAGGUGAGGGAGGUGACAUGGGAUGAGGAGGAGCCAGUGAGCCCGGUGCUGGACCUGGACUCCUCCUUUGACAAGGAGGUGAUGGAGCUGAUGAGCUCCUCAAUCCUCCCCCCCUCCCUCUUACACCUGUCCUCCCCCAGUCCACCUCCCCCCUCCCGCCGGGGGAAGGGUCGCACCCUCCGGUCUCCCCCCUGCUCCUCCAGGCCUCUGGACGACCUGUCCCUCCGUCUGAGGCAGUCUCCCUUCUCCACUGAGGCCUCCCCCGAGACCUCCCCAUCCAGAGCGCCCCUCACCCCGCCCUCACCCCCCCUCAGGUCUCCCCCCUCCGCCAGAGAGUCUCCACCUCUCUCCAAGGCUCCUUCCAUCACUGUUCUUCCCCUCACUCCUAAGAUCGGCAUGGGGAAACCGGCCAUCACUAAGAGGAAGUUCUCCCCCGGCAGAGCCAGGGUCAAGCAGGGUUCGUGUUGGAGUAACUGCAGGGCGGUGAGCCCCCCCUCGUCCUCCCAGGAUUCCACGGGGGAGGGAGGGUGGGACAGCCCUAAGCGCCAACCACCGGACUCCCCCGUCUGGAGCAUGAGAGUGGGCCGCGGGUCAGGGUUUCCGGGCAGGAGGAGGUCGAGAGGAGGAGGUGUUGGAGGCGGAAGAGGAGGAGGCCGAGGAAGGAGCCGACUGAAGACUCAGGACAGUGUGACUGUGUCACCUGGAGUGAGCACACACACACAGUGUGUGUCUGUAGAACCGUUCCAGCCGAAGGACGAGGAGGAGAACUCCAUGCAUAACACGGUGGUGAUGUUCUCCACCUCGGACCACUUCACCCUACGACAGGACAUGUGUGUGGUGUGUGGUAGUUUUGGUCAGGGUGCUGAAGGCCGACUGUUGCCGUGCUCUCAGUGUGGACAGUGCUACCACCCAUACUGUGUCAACGUCAAGGUUACGCGGGUGGUCCUCACCAAAGGGUGGCGCUGUCUGGAGUGUACGGUGUGUGAGGCGUGUGGCGAGGCCAGCGACCCUGCACGACUUUUGCUAUGUGACGACUGUGACAUCAGCUACCACACCUACUGUCUGGACCCGCCCCUUCUCACUGUACCUAAAGGAGCCUGGAAGUGCAAGUGGUGUGUGUGGUGUGUGCAGUGUGGCUCCGCUUCCCCUGGGCUGCGCUCUGAUUGGCAGAGUAACUACAGUCGCUGUGGCCCGUGUUCCAGUCUGAGUCGCUGUCCUGUGUGUCAGAGGGCAUACGCCACCGACGACCUCAUCCUGCAGUGUCAGCAGUGCGACAGGUGGGUCCACGCUGUGUGUCAGGGUCUGACCUCAGAGGAGGACGUGGAGUUUGCUGCUGAUGAAGGCUUCGACUGUUCGCUGUGCAGAACACAAGGUCGAGGCUCGAUGGUGCGGUCAGACAGUUGUGAUUCUCCCUUCAUGGCUCACAUUGUCUGCAGGAUGAGAGAACCAGACACAAAGACCUACACUCAGGACGGAGUGUGUCUCACAGAGUCCGGUCUGUCUCAGCUUCAGAGUCUGGUCGAACCUCUGAUGUCACCGCGCCGGUACCGCAGGUGUAAACCCAAACUGAAGCUGAGGAUCAUCAACCAGAACAGUGUGUCUGUCCUCCAGACUCCAGACCCCGACCCCCCCACCGAGCAGGACCACAGCAGAGGUCAGAGGUCACACAUGGAGUCAGGGGAGACGUUCUGUCAGUGUCCUCACAACUGUAACAAGACGUUUGUUUCUCCAGGUGACUUGGAGUGUGAGUUGAAAUCCGACUCCAGCCCCGAGCGCGACCAAGCCCCCGAUGAAGAUGUCGCCAAGGAGCCUGAGGUUGCCGACGACAACAAGAAAAGGAAGAGGAAACCGUACAGGCCUGGUAUCGGGGGCUUCAUGGUGCGUCAGCGUGGAGGGAAGUCGGGGACGAGCAGAAUAUCACUGAGCAGAAAAGACUCAACAGAAACGCUCGGCCGAGAUGAAGGCCUGUUGGAUGGUGACAUUGCCAUGGAGACGGCGCCCCCUGCUGACCAGACGAUGGAGAAGGUGAAGAAGAGGUACAGGAAGAAGAAGACGAAGCUGGAGGAGGCUUUCCCAUCUUAUCUCCAGGAAGCUUUUUUCGGUCGGGAUCUUCUGGUCCUGAGCCGGCAGGUGGACAGGAAGGUGGGGCCAGAGACCCUGGGCAGCAGCCAAUCAGCGGCAGGUUAUUUGAAAAGCCCCACCCCUGGUUCACAUGGCCCCUCCCCCUCAGAACUGCUUGGCGGUGCCAUGGCAACCAACAAGAAACAGGGACAACUGCCCAUGUCGGAGGAAGCUCUUGUGGAUCUGUGUGAUGUUCUCAACACUGACCCUCACAUCCUGGGGACAGGACACACAGGUCAGUUCCAGGUUGAGCGCUCCCCCUCCCCAUUUGCCGGACUGGACAUCAGCUCCAUGGCUGAUGACACAUAUUUGACCUCUGAGCUGACAGGAAGUGGUAGGCGUGGCCAGAGGGCAAUGCAGGAGGAGCCUCUGGACGCCAUCUUGAGUCCUGAGCUGGACAAGAUGGUCACUGAUGGUGCCAUCCUCAGCAAACUCUACAAGAUCCCAGAGUUGGAGGGGAAGGACGUGGAGGAGGUGUUCACUGCUGUUCUCAGUCCAAACAGCAGCAGCAACCAACCAGAGCAGAGCCAACACACACACACUGCUGCAGGAAGCAAGACACACACACACCACUCAGCUGAUAUGUUUCCUCGUCUGCCACUGAUGAACGGCCUGAUGGGAGCAGCUCCUCGCUUUCCCAACAUUCCCAUGAUGCCUGGUGGCGUCCCAGCAGGUUUUAGGAUGCCCCCCCCCGGAGGCCCCAUCCCCAUUCCGCCCCCUGGUUCCACAUCCGUGCUGACCCCAGCCAAUCAGACGCCAGCAGGAGAAGGCGAGCAGGACGCCAUGUCGACGGCUCAGAGGGGAAUGUUGAAGUGGGAGAAGGAAGAAACGCUGGGAGAGAUGGCGACUGUCGCUCCGGUCCUCUACUGCAACACCAAUUUCCCCCAGCUGAGGGAGCAGCACCCAGACUGGUCCACCAGAGUGAAGCAGAUUGCUAAGCUGUGGAGAAAAGCCAGCUCUCAGGACAGAGCACCCUUUGUGCAAAAAGCUCGAGAUAACCGGGCGGCGCAGCGCAUCAGCAAGGUGCAGCUGUCCAACGACCCACUGAGGCGCCAACCGCCCCUUCAACCGCAACAGCAGCAACAGCAGCAACAGCUGCAACGGCAACAGCCGCAACAGCUGCCACAGCAACAACUGCAGCAACUGCAACAGCAGCAACUGCAACAGCAGCAACAGCUACAACAGCAACAACAACAGCUGCAACAACAGCAACAACAGCAACAGCAGAUGCAACAGCAGAUGCAACAGCUGCUGCCAGAACCACAGCUGGGACUCUAUGACCCCGUUUCCAUGGAGACAGAUGUGAAAGACCCUCUGAGGCCGAAGGAGACGGAGCAGGAGCAGGAGUGGAAGUUCAGACAGGGAGAGGUAGGUGACAGAUGUGGAGCCAGUAAGAAGAGCAGAGUCCUAAAAUCACCAACAGAUACAGAUUGUCCACUCCAGGCACCUGUAGCAGGAAGUGGCAGAGAGGCUCUGAUCAUGCGUCAGAAGAGUAAGCAGCAGGCGAAGAUCGAGGCGACUCAGAAGUUGGAGCAGGUGAAGAAUGAGCAGCUGCAGCAGCAGCGUCUUCUCGCCGGCCAGCGUCCGGUGGAGCGUCUGUCCCCUGAGAGCGGCAGCCGCAGCCCCCUGACCCCCGGGGGUGGAACCUCCCCCCUCCAUCACCCGGCUUCCAGGGAGGGUCCAUCGAGGCAGAACCUGUCCUUGCAGGGGGGUGAGAGUUCAGGAUUGGCCGACGACGUGUUCCUCAGACCUCAAGCUCCACCCCCUUCUGGCUUUUCCUCUCUCCCUCACUCCCCUCACCCCUCCUCCCCUCUCCACCAGCCCCCGUCCUCCCCCCAGAUGUUCUCCCCGCCCUCCUCCCGCCCCUCCUCUCCUUGGGAUCCUUACAGUAAGGUAGUGGGGACUCCUCGCCCCCCCUCCUCCCAGUCGGGUCCUCCAGCCGCCCAGCAGCAGCAUCACAACUCCCUCAGCGCCUCCCCGGCCCACGACACCUUUGGUUCUCCUGCACCCUCCCCCGACUCCAAAACCACCGACGUUUCCCGAGCCCUUGGACCCCCACCAGGACUCCAGCAGAGUAGAGCAGGUAUGAUGAGCCCCCCCUCUGGCUCCGCCCAAGACCAUGCAGCCAGACUCGUUGGUAUCCGAGCAGCUGAAACCUUCCAGAGGACUCCUCAUAACAGCGGUAACCUCCGUGUAGCGGUGUGUGAAUCGUACAGUCGCGUUAGUGAACUGGUUCAGAGUGGGGUGUUUAAAGCCCCCAUGCCCCCCCAGCACCAGCAGGAGAUGUUUGGAAGCACUGGAGGGGGAAGGAGGGACCCGUCCAGGCCCACAGACCUGGGGUUUGUCCUCGCCCAGUCGCAGGACCCUCCCUUCCCCUCCACUCCACUAUCAGGGCUGGGCUCCCCCCACCGCAGCCCCUACGCCCAGACGCCCGGGACCCCAAGACCUGACUACAGCCAGCAGGUCACUGACCCCUUCACCCAGCAGUCACCUUUGGCCUCCCGGCCCUCUCCUGACCCAUACACCAACCCCCAGACUCCUGGUACUCCACGUCCACACUCUGACCCCACCUACCUCUCCACCCCUCCUGCGCUGCGACUGGACCAGUACAACCAGCAGCCCCCCAACCGCCGCCCUUCCCCCUCCCACCCAGCCCUCGACCCCUAUGCCUCCAACCCAGGGACGCCCCGCCCCUCUGUCACGGACCACUUCCCUCGAUCUCCAGGCAGUCAGCGGGGCACCGACCCCUUCGCCCCAGUGGAGAGCUUCACUCCUCAGCCCGCGGGCCCCGGGUCGUCCCCUCUGGCUCCAGGACUGUCCGGGGAGACUGCAGCUUUCGUCCUGACACCCCACCAGUCUCCAGGAAGACAACCGCUACAGCAGGACUCAUUUCCCAGAACCCACGGCAACCAGACCCCAAAGCGCUCUGGGAUGUCAGAGGAGGGUGGGUUCUCUGGUUUGGCCGGUCAGACUCCGGGUCACGACCCUUUUGAGCAGGGUCACAUUACACCUGGCCCUUCGCAGACGGACAAGACAGCAGCCAUUGAAAUGGCGGUGCUGAAUGUGGCCUCUGUGGAUGGACCAAUGAGCAUGCUGCCUCAGCCCGGUGACUCAGAGGAGAAGCUCAGACAGCGUCAGCGGCUGCGGCAGCUCAUCCUGAGGCAGCAGCAGCAAAAGAGUGCCUUGCGUCAGGAGAAAGGUCUCCAGGAACCGGCUGCUGCUCAACCUGGCCCCGCCCCCGGCUCAGGGGCGGUCCGUCACUGGUCCCAGGACGACUCCACCGCUCCUCCAGCAGACUUGUUUGGACGCCCCCCACCUCCCUACCCCGGCACAGUGAGGCCUGGUGGGCCAGCGACAGCCCCAAGGUUCCCUGGAGGUUUCUCAGGGGAGCAGCAGAGAGGCUUCACACCCACCGAGGCCCCCUUCCCCAGGCACAGCUUUCCCAGAGAGCUUGGAGUCCGAGCCCCGGUGCUGAGGUUUGGUGUUCCUCCAGCAGGUCUCCAGGACUCGUUCAUACGCCCUCCCCAGGGAUCGGUGCCGGGACCUGGGCUCGGUGCAGUGGAGGAAGUCUCGGUCCAGAUGAGGAGGCCGAUGCCUGGGGAGUUCACUGGUAUCCGACCUCUCCCCAGUCCCAGCGGUCACCCACACAUGAUGCCAGGUGUACCCCAGCCGUUCCCCCUACGUUCCCUCCCCCUGCAGCAGCACAGCAUCAUGGGACAGCCCUACAUCGAGCUGCGACACCGGGCACCCGAGAGUCGCCUGAGGCCGCCCUUCCCUCUGCCCAUGGCCUCGGACCCCGAGGCCACGCUGCUUCACCCCAGAGACCCCCAGCCUUCACCGGUCAGGUUCGGCCAGGGGGUCCGGGUGGGCGAGACGUUGCUGGGACAGCAGAUGGUGAUUGCGGUUGGCGUGGAGCAGCUGCAGCAGCAGCACCUCAGCCUCCCUGGGGCAGACGGGAUGGAGGAGCACCUGGAGGGGGAGGACUCGGCCGUGAAGGACCUGGAGGACGUGGAGGUGAAAGAUCUGGUCGACCUCAACCUGAACCUCGACCCUGAAGACGGUAAAGAUCUGGAUCUGGGUCCUAACGACCUGCAUCUUGAUGACUUCCUGCUGUCGGGGAAGUUCGACCUGAUCGCCUACGCCGACCCAGAGCUGGACCUGGAGGACAAGAAGGACAUGUUCAACGAGGAGCUGGACCUGGGGGAGCCGCUGGAGGACGGGGGAGCGGGUGGGUCUAGAAGGGCAGAUAGCCACGCCCACCUAGUGGGUGUGGUGAAACAGGAAGGGGUGGACAGCCACUCUGCUGCCCAGCAACUUGCAACGAAGCCUGUGGUCGUCUCCACCAAGGUGGAGGACACACCAGCUCUCCAGGCUCUGAUGUCGGGCAUGGCUCCCAGGGUUCACCCCCCUCUGGCUGCAGGUCAACCGUCUGUCUUCCAGCACCAGAGACCCUUUGGAUCCUCGUCUCUCCUCACCCCUCACCCGCCUCACCCCCUGCCCCGUCUCCUCCUCAACCCCCAGAACCAAUCUCCACAGGAGGGAACGUCCACCCAGAACCAGACCCAGGUGCAGAACCAGAACAAACUGAGGCCCAUGCUCCUGGAGGAGCAGCCCCUCCUCCUGCAGGACCUCCUGGACCAGGAGCGUCAGGAGCAGCAGCAGCAGAAACACAUGCAGACCCUGAUCCGACACAAGCCCGCCUCGGACCCCCUUUUCCCCAACAUGGAGGACUUUGACUCGGACCCCAUCAUGACGGCUAAGAUGGUCGCUCUGAAGGGGAUCAACAAGGUGAUGACUCAGGGAAACUUGGGACUGAACCCGAAUGUCAUCAACAGGUUCCAGCAGCCUCCAGCUCCGGGACCCCCGGGUCCAGAGGAGACGCCUCCGUCUCCAGUUCUGCCUGCACAGGACCAGAAGGUGAAUCCUCAGUUGGUGCGACCCGACCCCCCCAGCUUCGUCAACGAGUCUCAGCGGCGUCAGUACGAGGAGUGGCUCGGGGAGACGCAGCGCCUCCUGCAGAUGCAGCAGCGCCUACUGGAGGAUCAGAUCGCCGCCCACCGCAAGACCAGGAAGGCUCUGUCGGCCAAACAGAGGACGGCCAAAAAGGCGGGCCGCACCCUGACCGAGGAGGACGCCGCCCAACUGUGCCACAUCACGGAGCAGCAGGCGGCCGUGCAGAAACAGCUGGAGCAGAUCCGGAAGCAGCAGAAGGACCACGCAGAGCUGAUCGAGGACUACAGGACCAAGCAGCAGCCCCCAGCCGCCCCCCCCAUGACGCCUGCAGGAGCACCGCCCCUUCCCCAGUCCAUGGUCCCCAUGCAGCCCCACCCAGGCGCAGCAACGCCGACCUGCAUCCCUAAUGUAUGCCCCGGUUGGACCCAGGGGGACGGGGCUCCGGGGGUCAUGGGGCAGAGGAUGCCACCUCAUCUGCCCCCUCAGAUGCCCACCGCCCUGCCCAAAGCCCCCCAGGCCUCCCCACACACCCAGGCUCCAACGGUCAUGGCACCAAGGCUCGCGGCUCCACCAGCGGGCUGCAAUGCCGGGGCCAGGGGCCCCGCUGGGGGUCCCCCCGGAGCAGAAGGGGACGGAGCCACACCUCAGGUGAAGUUCGACGACAACAACCCGUUCAGUGAAGGAUUCCAGGAGAGGGAGCGGAGGGAGCGUCUGAGGGAGCAGCAGGAGCGACAAAGAGUCCAACUCAUGCAGGAGGUGGAGCGCCACCGUGCCCUGCAGCAGAGGCUGGAGCUGGAGCAGCAAAGCCUCCUGGGAGCGGCCGCUCGCCCUGGAGGUCCUGCGGCGGCACCACCCGCCCCGGGUGGAGACGGCCUCUCACAGAUGCCUUUCUUCAGCUCCGAGCUGCCCCAGGACUUCCUCCAGUCGCCCCCGGCCUCCAGGCCUCCGCAGCACCAGGGCCAGGCGGGGGGGGCGUUCCCCAAGAAGACAGGCCUCCACCAGGCCUUCACCGGACCCCUCCACCAUGGUGCUCGCCCACCUCCCAGUCUGCUGCCUGGCAGAACCCCGUCUGAACACGGACCCCCCUUGGACGUCGCUCCGUCCAACCUCCAGACCAGGCCGAGUCUCCCGGGCCCCACCGGGCAUGUGGCCAACGAACAGGUGCGCCCAGCUGGGAUAUGCACUUCGGGAUUAACCCCCUCCCAUCUUGGGGGUCAGGGUCUCCUCCCCUGCUCCUCCUCUGGAAGCCCCGCCUCCCUCAUCCAGCUCUACUCUGACAUCAUCCCCGACGACAGACCAAAGAAGAAGAGGAGCAGGAAGAGGGACGGAGACGAGGGCAUUGGGGGAGGGGGAGCCCGGACGCCCUUGUCCCAUUCUGAUGACAUCACAGCCCCACCCACUCCUGUGUUCUCUGACCACUCUUGCUCUACUCCCACUCAGGGCAGCAUGGACCAAUCAGACGUGUCGUUUGCCGGUCUGGCCCCGUCGUCAGAGCUGGAGAGACAGCUGUCUGUCGGCUCUGUGGCCCAGCAGAGAGCCUCGGUCCUGAGUAUAGAGUGUCCGAGAGGCUCCCUGUUCGCACCUCUGCUGGAAGUCAAGGAGGAGCGUGAGGAGGGCGGAGCCUGUGGGGCAGGUGUGGUGAAGAUGGAGGAGGGCGAGGGAUUCUCCUCCCCCCUCCACGGGGGAGACGGAGGAAAGGAGCUGCUUAGACACCUGCUGAAGGACAAGACCUCCCCCGCCACCACGCCGUCGCCCACCGGACACGCCCACCGCCAGCUCUCCAAUGAGAGUGCCCGGUCCGAGGAGGAGGACAGGCCCGGUUCCUAUGGCAACGUGGUGAUGACGGACAGUCCUGGUCCAGACUCCUCCCCCAGGAAGAAGACUCAGCGCUGUAAGAGACUCGCUCGCCCAGAGAAGGACCGAGCUCCUCCCAGGAACAAGAGGAGGAAGAGGGAGGAGGAAGAGAAGACGCUCCACUCCUCCGACGACCCGCUGACCACUCACCUGAGACAGCUGGCGGUGCUGCCCCUUAUGGAGCCGGUUCUGGGGGCGGAUCUGAGCCUGUUCCCACCGUACGGCAGCUCGUCUGUGGGCAGAGACUCCAGACUGACGGGCUCCUUUGGUAACGGCUGUCUGGAGGGAGUCACCGACUACUACUCCCAUCUCAUAUACAAGAAUAACCUCAGUAACCCCCCCACACCUCCAGCCUCUCUGCCCCCCACACCCCCACCUGUCGCCAGGCAGAAGCUGGUGAACGGCUUCGCUACGAUGGAGGAGCUGAGGAAAGACACGGAGCAGGAAGUGAAAAGUGCGUCAGGGCUGAAGCAGAAAGGGGAGGGGCUUCUGACUUUAAACAACGCCCCAAAGACAGUGGACGUCCCCGCGUCCCUGCCGACUCCGCCCCACAACAACCAGGAGGAGCUCAGGGUCCAGGAAUCGUCGGAGCGCGACAGUCCGGACGGCUUCGUCCCGUCGUCGUCUCCAGAGAGCGUGGUGGACAUGGAGGUCAGCAGGUUCCCCGACCUGUCCUUCAUCAAGCUGGAGCCCCCCUCGCCCUGCCCAUCGCCUACAAUACCCAUCAUGCCCUGCGCCUGGGGGAAAGGCUCUGCACUGAAACAGGAAGUGAAGGCGGAGCCUAUCCACCAGGUUCCUCCCUCCUGUGCAAACACAGACCUGGUUACCAUAGCGAUAACCCUGAACCCUGUCGCAGCUCAGAACGUUGCAGGUGUGAUGGCGGCGGUGGCCGAGCUGCUGCGAAUCCCCGUCCCCCUCGACUAUCAGCUGAACCCCGAGCGCAGCUCCCUGGCCCUGUUGGCUGGAGUGAGAGUACCGCUGACUCAGGGUUCGACAGGCAGCCGACAGCUGAGACCUCCUUCAGCUGGAAAAACUGGUGUCAGGAUGGACUACAGCCAACAUGGCGUCUCUGCUGCAGCUGCCAGACCUCAGUCUUGCAGCUACUGCAAGGUGCUACUGGGAAACGGAGUCUGCGUGGUCAAAGAGCUAAAACAGGAGGAUCAGUCCAGACCAGGACCCAGCCUGGUGUUCUGUAGUCCCACCUGCUCUGCUCGGUACACCCCCGACUCCCAGAGGAGCAAGCCGGUGGUUCCCGUCCUGCUGUCCGGCUCCGAGCGCCCCCCCCCCAGCAGAGUGCAGCAUCAGUACAACAACAACGUGUCGUCCAUCACAGUCCACUCCCUUCCCCACACCCCCCCCUCUCCUCCCCCCACCUCCUCCUCCUCCCCAACACUCGCCUUCCCCCCUGCUGCUGCCGUCACCAUGGAGACCAGGCCUCGCAUGGACAGCCUGAAGGUGAAGCUCAAGCUGAAGCCCCGCCCCCGCGCGGUCCCAGGUGGAGAUGACUUAACUCGACACGGGAAGAGGAUGAAGAGUUCACGCUGGAGACGCUGGAGCGUUAGCAUCACACUUAGCCGGGGUCCUUGCUUUACGAACGAGGCAGUUUCCAUGCCAACGGAGGAGGAAGUGGACGUGCUGUUGAAGAAGUUGGGGGCGUGUCUUCGACCCGACCCGUUACCCAAAGAUCAGCGGAGGUGCUGCUUCUGUCACCAGCAGGGAGAUGGACGGACGGACGGCCCGGCCAGACUGCUGAACCUGGACCUGGACCUCUGGGUCCACCUGAACUGCGCCCUGUGGUCCAGUGAGGUGUACGAGACUCAGGCCGGCGCUCUGAUCAAUGUGGAGCUGGCUCUGAGACGAGGUCUCACUCUGCGCUGUGCUCACUGUCAACAAACUGGAGCCACGAGCGGCUGCAACCGCCUCCGCUGCACCAACACGUACCACUUCACCUGCGCGCUGGCGGCCCACUGCACCUUCUUCAAAGACAAGACGAUGCUGUGUCACCUCCACAAGCCCUGGACGGUUACUCUCGGUGGGGAAAGGUCUUCCAGCGGUUCCCCCUCCUCCACCCCAGGGCUGACCUCUGACCUGGGGUCGAUGGCGGACAGCGACCCGUACGACUCGGAGCUACGGUGCUUUGCCGUGUUCCGCCGGGUGUUCGUGCAGCGAGACGAGGCGCGGCAGAUCGCUGCCGUGGUUCAGCGCGGCGAGCGGCAGCACACCUUCCGGGUCGGCAGCCUGCUGUUCCGCGCCGUCGGCAGGCUCCUCCCCCAGCAGAUGAAGGCCUUCCACAACCAGGCCGCCAUCUUUCCUGUCGGUUACCAUGCCAACCGCAUCUACUGGAGCAUGCGCCACAGCAGCCGACGCUGUAAGUACCAGUGCUACAUCGAGGAGCAGGAGAGUCGACCUCUGUUCAGAGUGAAGGUCGUGGAGAAGGGACACGACGACCUCGUCCUGACCGGACCCUCACCUAAAGCUGUGUGGGACCAGAUCCUGGACCCCGUGGCCCAGAUGAGGUCGUCCUCUGGGACCCUGAAGCUGUUUCCUGUUUACCUGAAGGGAGAAGAUCUGUUCGGUCUGACGACCUCGGCAGUGACGAGGAUCAUUGAGUCUUUGCCAGGUGUGGAGGCGUGUGAACGGUACUCGUUCCGUUUUGGCAGGAACCCCCUGAUGGAGUGGCCUCUGGCCUUCAACCCAUCGGGCUCGGCUCGGUCUGAGCCCAAAGCCUGUCAGACCAAGAGGUCCAACCCGUUGACCGGCGUGGCCCCCAGGUGUCAGGGGUCGGUGGGCUCCAUCGUGGGCCUCGUCCCCGGUGUCGUGUCUCUGUCUCCGGGCGAAUCCGUGGCGGCGGCUCAUCAGGGUCGACACUCCAAGUCGUCUCAGUACCGACGCAUGACGACUGAAUGGAAGAGCAACGUGUACCUGGCCCGCUCCCGCAUCCAGGGUCUGGGUCUUUACGCUGCCAGAGACAUUGAGAAAUGCACCAUGGUCAUCGAAUACAUCGGCACCAUCAUCAGGAGCGAAGUGGCCAAUCGCAAGGAGAGGCUGUACGAGUCCCAGAACCGAGGCGUGUACAUGUUCCGGAUCGACAACGACUUUGUGAUCGACGCCACCAUUACAGGCGGACCUGCCAGGUAUAUCAACCACUCGUGUUCCCCCAACUGCAUCACGGAGGUGGUGACGGUGGAGAAGGAAAACAAGAUCAUCAUCAGCUCCUGUCGACGCAUCCAGAGAGGAGAGGAGUUGUCUUACGACUACAAGUUUGACCUGGAGGACGAUCAACACAAGAUCCCCUGUCACUGUGGAGCCGUCAACUGUCACCGCUGGAUGAACUGACACACACACGCACACACACACACUCUCUCUCUGGCAGCUCUCUCUCUCUCUCUCUCUCUCUCUCUCUCUCAUCUCGGUGCUGAAACUGGAUGUCGAUCGCCCUCGACAUAUCCGAAUUGACGGUAAUAAUAAUAAAACUGAUCAAUACAUUUUUGAUCAGAACUAAUAAUGAUGGGGCCAGGGGGCGGGGCUAACCAAGAGGCUGGUCCUCUGUGUACAUUGUGUAAAUGUGAGUCAGUGAAAUAAGAGAAUGUGUCGUCAAAGGGACGUUUAUCAAUAAAGUUGCACUAAAAAUCAAACAAACAUAAUAAAUCUCCACGGAAACAGACUUGACCCUUGACCCCCCCCCCCUUGUUCAUUUCCUGUAAGAUAAGAGAUUUUUGUUUUUGUAUUUAUUACUGAAUAAAGAUAUUUUCUAAAUCUG